CUCCAUAAAUUAAUUUCCAUUCAGUGUUCGAGGAAUUAGUUCAGGUCCUCCCGACAGUAUGUCUGAGCAGAACCUGUAUGAAAACAGUGAAUACCAGCUCAAAGAGUACCAGCAGAGAACAACAAAUGGACAGAAGCCUGUUGAAGAUGGUGCAGCAGGGACCAGCAUUGCCAAGAAAAAGAAGGUGCAGCAGAUUAUCUUUGGUCUCCUGGUUUUAUCUCUCCUCUUCUCCCUGUUGUGUCUUAUCAUAGGCACUGUGAAAAAUUCAAUGAUUUACAGCGAAAUGAAGGAACAGCAGCAUAAAUUAAUGAUGGAAAAUUCUCAGCUCAAAAGCAACGAUUCAGCGAUUUACAGCGAAAUGAAGGAACUACAGGAUAAAUUAAUGAUGGAAAUUUCUCAGCUCAAAAGCAACGUGUCUGAAGUUCAGAGAGCCCAGAGCAUCUUGGCCAGCAAGCUCCCUGAGCUGAAAAUCAACAAUCACUUUUGGACCCCAUGUCCUAAAAUUUGGGCAACGUUCAACCAGUCAUGUUACUACUUCUCCAGCAGUUCAGGCGACUGGCAUUUUGCGAAACAAAAGUGUUCAAUGCUGGGUUCACAUCUGCUUGUGAUCAACAACAUUGAAGAGCAAAUAUUUAUUAAAAAAUUAUCGGUACCCAAAAUGUACUGGAUUGGCUUGUCGGACUCUGCCGAGGAAAGACAUUGGCAGUGGGAAGAUGGCACAGAAUAUGAUUCAACACCACAUUUCUGGGCUAGUGGCGAGCCCAAUGAUGCCUUCAACAAUGAGGACUGUGCCCACCUUGAUGAUAAAGGACAGUGGAAUGACAUUAAUUGCUCCACAAAACACAAUUGGAUCUGUGAGAAAAACUCAGUAUGAAUUUCACAAAACUGGUCUUAAAAGUACAAACAAGCUCACAUUGCAUGUUGGUUCUGUGGCAGAAGUCCUGUGCGUUGAGCUUUCGUGUAUUACACUUCAAUCAAGCUAACCAAGUUUAACUCACAUCAACCCAACUUACUAAAUUCAACUCAGUUCAGUUUCUCUUGACACAUUCAAUCCUAGUUGCAGCCACCCUAACUUUACCCAUCCCUAUUCAUCGAGUCACAUAGCAGAUAAUUGGGUCCUUUGGCCUAUUGCAUUUACCCCAACUCAACCAUAUCCCAAUUCAACUCAACUGUAUCCCAAUUCAACUCAACCGUAUCCCGAUUCAACUCAACCGUAUCCCGAUUCAACUCAACCGUAUCUCGAUUUAACUCAACCGUAUCUCAAUUCAGCUCAACCGUAUCUCAAUUCAACUCAGUCGUAUCCCAAUUCAACUCAACCGUAUCCCAAUUCCACUCAACUGUAUCCCAACUCAAUGCCAUCCCAAUCAACUCAUCAUGACCCAUUCUGUCUCUACUCAACCCACGCCUACUCAACUUUUCCCAGUUCAAUCCAUUCCAACUUAGAAUUCUUAUCUCAAUCCAUCAGCUUCAACCCCAUCCCAUCCCACUCAAGCGAACCUAAAUUACCAAUUCAACCCAAAUGAACUCACCAUAGCCCAAAUUAAUAUCUUCCCUAAACACGGCACCAUCCUAUAGUUGGUCAUGCAAAUAGUGCAUGAGACCCAGUCCUCGUAAUGUGCAUCAGUCAGGUGGUCUCUCAUACUGGGGAGCUACAUGAACUUUUUCUGUCUUCUUCCUCCUCCUUUUCCAGUCCCGAUGAUGGUCCUCAGCCCAAAACAUUGAUUUCCAUAGAUGCUGCCUGGCCUGCUGAGUUCUUCCAGCAUUUUGUUUGUGUUGCAAACAUUUUGAGAUGUCAUUUACGUAAGAACUUAAGAAAAUAAGUGUGUGAGUCAGCCACUCAGCUCCUCAAGCCUUCCUCACCACUCAAUGCGAUUGGCUCCAGGCUUCAUUCCCCUGCUUGUGCCAGCUCCCGACAGCCUAGAUACCCCAAUCUUCCCCUUUUCGUGCCUCUGUUGACCCAUUCUCCAUAACACUCCACCCUCUGCACAACUUAUUGCACAAUCUCUAAUUUUGUAACCAUGCCCCCAAUUUAAUGUUCUUCCACUAGAGGAAGCAUUUCAACAUCUACCCUUAGUAUCUUGGGUGUUUCAGUAAUAUUACCCCCAUUGUGUAGCAAAUUCAAAUCUAGUUUCUUUGUCCUCUGCUGAAAGGAUUUUUUCUUGAGCUGUUAUUGAUUUAACACGAUGUUCUUAAAUAUUUUCCUAUGGGUGUUCAUUCCAGACUGCAGUCACUUGCACACGUUCUCUUUCAUGUCCAGUUUUCCUCAGCUGAUUGGUAGUCACAUCUCAGUGGUUUCAACUCUCCCUGGGCUGGGCAGGUGGUUCUGGUUCUAGAUCUAUGUCCCAUUCCACAAAGAAGAUCUCUAAUGGUCCGGCGCAGCAUUGAGGCAGAUCUAUGGGAAAUGCCAUCACUUUGAUGGAAUGAUAACCCGUGAGUCGGUUGUCACUUUUAGGUCAAUGUAAACGGCAUUAUGAAUGUCCAAGUUGUUGAGCACGUUUGUUCCAUCUGCAACAUCUGUGUGAUUUCCCACUGGCAAAACCAUUUUCACUUCAUUCCCAUUUCCCAUUCUGACCUGGUAGUGCAUGGCCUUCUCUGCUGUCACAAUGAGGCCAUUCUCAGGUUGGAGGAGGAACACCUCAUAUCCUGUCUGGUUAGUCUCCAACCUGAUGGCAUGAACAUAGAUUUUUCUAACUUCUGCUAAUUUCUCCCCCCUUCCUCCUCACAUUUUCCAUUCCACAUUCUGGCUCGCCUCUUAUCACCUCGCUUCUCCUCACCUGCCUAUUGCCUCCCCCUUCCCUUUCUCCCAUAGUCCACUCUUCUCUCCUUUCAGAUUCCAUCUUCUUCAGCCCUUUGCCUUUUCCACCUAUCUGGCCUCGUCUCCCUUCCUUUCCAGUCUUGAUGAAAGGAUUUGGCCCGAAACAUCAACUCAUAAAUCUUCUCCAUUGAUGCUGCCUGACCUGCUGAGUUCCUCCAGCAUUUUAUGCAUGUUUUAGUGAAUGUCUUCACCUGAUGCCCGAUAUGAUAUUUAACCCUCUCCCCUAACAUUACCGCCAACUCAUAUCUGCUUAAUUUCACAUGGUCUUUUGUGGAAGCGCACUUGGUACAAACUGUCAGUGAUACUUCUAUUGCUGUAACAAUAAAUAUGUUCAAAUAAAAGUACCUUGUUGAUGGUUAAAUGUUUUUAGAUGUUUUGAAGGUUGCUAUGGAAAUACACGUCCUUCUUUCUUUAAUAUAUUAUUUCUUUCUCCUUCUCCACCAAUUUGUUUUGGUUGCAGACAGUUCUCCUGAGUACAGUAAGGUGUAUGGUGCCUUUGUGGUUAGCACAACACUAUUACAGCUUGAAGCGUCAGAGUUCAGUGAUCAUUCUGAAGCCUUCUGUAAGGAGCUUGCACAUUCUCACCGUGACCGCAUGGAUUUCCUCCAGCCUCUGCGUUCUCCAGUUUCCUCCCACAGUCCAAAGUCAUACCAGUUAUUAUGUUAAUUAGUUAUUCUGAAUUGCCCUGUGACUAGGCUGGGGUUAAAUUGGUGAAUUGUUAAGCAGCGCAACUCCAUGGGCUGAAAAGGCCUUACUGUCUGCCCACUUUCUCUCUGAGUCUACACUAUAUUCUGCAUUGUGUUAUUGCCUUCCCUGAACUGAUCUGAUCUGAUGAAAUGAACUGUGUGGAUGAAGUGCAAAUCAAAGUUUCUCCCUGUACCUCAGUACAGGAGACAGUAAUAAGCCAAUUCACCAAUUUAUCUAAACUGCAUAUUCCCAAGCCAAACUUCCUUCUUCCUGCACUCCAGUACAACCAACAUGCAUUUUACUGCUCAAUGAACCUCACGGAUGCAUUUAACCCAUUAGGUUCAGGAAUAGUUCCUACUCUGCAACCAUCAGCCCUCUGAAUUAGCACGGAUAACUACAUUCACCACUACUCUCAAUUAAUUCUACAACCUACAAACUCAUUCCCAAUGACUCAGGUUCUUGGUAUAUUUAUUUGCGCAGUUUGUCUUUUGCACAUCAGCUGUUUGUCUGUCUUUUACUUCUUACUUAGAGAUACAGCACAGUAUCAGCCUCUUUUGGCCUUACGAAUCCACACUGCCCAAUUACACCCAUGUGACCAAUUAACCAACCAACCCACACGCCUUUGGAAUAUGGAAGGAAACCGGAAUACUUGAAGGAAACUCACACAGUCGUGGGAAGAAUGCACAAACUCUUUAGAGGCAUGGGCGGGAAUUGAACCCAUAUUGCUGGUUGCUGUGACAGCAAUACGCAACCUUGCUGCUGGUCCUGUAUAGCUUUUUUGUGAAAUUCUAUUGUAUGUCUUUUUUUUUCUGUAAG